AUGUCGCAUCCCCCAAAGCCGAGCGAAAUCUUGGUCGGGAAUCACGUCCAUAACCCACACUCGUCACACCAUCUGCAUACGUUGAGCUCCAAAUCUAAUCAGCUUGGUGGAAAGAAUACCGAGAAGGGAAUGGGCUUGGGUGUGGGCAAUGAUGAGCAACAAACUCGAGCGUACAGGCGUACUAUGAACCAAAUCCAUCCUACUGACGAACGUGAUUAUAUCCCCAUCGCUGACCACGCACUAAUUGGAAACCUGAGGACUGCGGCUUUGAUUAGCUUGGACGGCUCUGUCGAAUCCUACUGUGUUCCCCACUUUGACUCACCAUCUGUGUUCGCGCGUAUUUUGGACAAGGACAAGGGCGGCCAUUUCAGCAUCACCCCUCUCCAACCCUUCACGACGAAGCAGAACUAUCUUCCCAGUUCCAAUGUCCUGCAAACCAAGUUCAUGAACGACGCCGGAGUGGUCAGCGUGACUGACUUUUUACCUCGUCCUCCACUCGGCGUUACCCCACCAGAUGUAGCCUCCAAGAGCUCGAGUUCUCCAAUGAAAGGAACUCCCAAACCUUUGUUACAAUGGCUCAUUCGGCGAGUCGAAUGUGUCCGCGGUACCUUGCCCAUGCGAAUGCAGUGUGCACCCGCUUUCAAUUAUGCACGCGAUGAGCACACGACAACCUUCGUUGAAGACGACAGUAUUCCCCUUCCAAUCGGCUGCGAGGAGUCCAUUGAUCAUCUUGACUACUACAACGAUCCAUUGAGCCAUACCAAGGCACCCCUUCCCGACCAGGACACGUUGCACGCCAAUGCUACUGCCGAUGGCACUCCCGGUGGGGAGCCAAGUAUCAGACACCCCAAGGCAGUUUUUGAAAGCCCAGCGCUGACCAUGGAUUUGAGAUGGGUGGCUCAUAACGCGGAAGGAGCAUACUGCGGCGUUCAACCUUCGACCCAUGUUACUUAUUCCCCAAGUGUCUCGGAUUCUGAAGGCGAACUCACGGAUGACGAGAACGCUUCUGCUCAUGUGAGUAAAGACACCCAUCUACUCGAUUCUGGCCAACUGACAACUGGCUCGCAAAAGUUCAUGACUUGCAAUUCCGAGGACGAAGCAUCCGCUAUUCCCGAUAUCAAGCUCACGCUUUUGGACCUCUCCUCGAAGGGCCACAAGGGACCAGCUGUUCAGAGCGACUUUGUGUUGACGGAGGGUCAGGGGGUCACCUUUGUAUUUAGGAUCGUUCCUGGUGGCGAGAAGGUCGGAUUGGGUGGCGUUAAAACGUCUGGAGGACGAGUUAUCGGUGGAGAUGGCGAUUCCGCCGCGCCCAGCGGGGUCAGCGGAGCCCUCGUGGAGGAUCGAGGGGGAAGGGAUGCAGGACGAAGCGUCCAGAAACCUGAAGUGCGACCUGUUGAUGAACAAGGAAAUGAGAAGGACGUCGGUGGCGAGGCAGCGCAACCACGCGCAAAAAUGGGCGGAACCGAUAAGGCUAUUGCACGCGCGAAGGGUGGACUCUUGAAGAGGCGUGGAAGGACUGUCUUGGACAGACGUCCGCUGGACGAUCCUUGGUUGACGGAGGAACUGGUUGGUGGGUUAUUGAGGACAACGGCGAAGUACUGGUCCGACUGGAUUCGCCAGUCCACAUACACUGGCUCCUGGAAAGAAUCCGUUCUCCGCUCGGCGUUGGCUCUGAAGCUGCUAAUCUUUGAGCCAACAGGUGCUGUCGUGGCGAGUCCAACGUUCAGUUUACCGGAGUACAUCGGCGGCAUCAGGAAUUGGGAUUACCGUUACAGCUGGAUUCGCGACUCGAGCUUUACGCUCUACGCCUUGAUUAGGUUGGGAUUUACCAAGGAAGCUAAUGCGUAUCUCGACUUCAUCUUCGCCCGUAUCAGGGACAAGAAUCCCGACGGCAGUAUCCAAAUCAUGUACACCAUUCAUGGCGGGAAGGAUAUGGAAGAGCUUGAACUCGACCAUCUCGACGGCCACAAGGGAAGCAAGCCUGUUCGCAUUGGAAAUGGAGCCGCGGAUCAUGUGCAGUUGCUCUAUGAAGAUAUCAUGCACAAGGCUUGGAACGAGAAGGAGAAGUUCUUUGGGCAGAGCUACGAAGAGACUGAUAUUGUCGAUGCUGCGGUUUUGAUUAUGCCGCUUGUUUUCUUCAUCCAAGCCUCGGAUCCUCGGUUUGUUAGUACCCUGAAGAGGAUCAUGAGGACUCCCGAGAAGGGAGGGUUAACUGCCAAUGCAAGUUUCUCAUCAUCGUUUUUUCUCGGACUAAGUUCUGACGAGACUGUACAACUAGAACUUGGUUUAUCGUUACGACGUGCGCAAGUCUGGUGA